UCUGAAUACUCUGUUGAUCGUAUUCUCUUGUUAAACCAGUUAUAUACAUUAAUGUAUAGUUAUGAUGUCUGUGGGCAAGUUACCUAACAGUAUUAAGACUGAUUUGAGGUUGUUAUUAGAAUGUUUAAAAUGUAACAUGAACCAGCCUCAAUCUCUGAAAGAUGCUUUGGUUACAAUAGCAGAAAUAUGUUCAGAUAGUGAUGAAGGUAAAGAAUGCUUAUUGGACUGUGGUGGCAUACUAUUUAUUCAAUCUUUGCUCACAUCAACUAAACACACUGAUGUCAAAGAAGCAGCCUUAUAUACACUAUCAUGUGUCGUAGACAGAAAUAGUGAGUGUCAGAAUCUUGCUAGGAAAUCCAACUGCCUUCAUGUUCUGCUACAGUUAUUCAGGUCAACAAGCGAGCAUCUUGAGAAUCGAGGUAUGUUUGGUAAGAUUGUUGGUGAUAUGCAGCAGUUUGCAAUCUGGUCAUCUAUACUUGGUGCCCUCUGUGUGCUGGUUAACAAUCCAUCUAAUGUGUCCAUUCAGGAGAGAUUCCGCUUACUUGGUGGAUUGAAAACUGUGGUAUUAACUUUAGACAAGUUGAUAAAUGGAUUAAAUGAGAAAUCAUCUACGGAUCGAUUGAAUGAAUUAGAGUUGGGCAUCCAUAUAGCAAGUACUUUGAACUCCUGUGUUACAGAUAACAACACGAGUAAGCAAUGUAUAUCCAACUAUGGUGCCGUGGAAUUAUUACUUAGUUUACUUUCCAAUGAUGUCUUAUCUAUCAAUAGUAAACUACAGCUGGUGCUUACAAUAGCACACUGUACAGACUCCUGUGUUGAGAAUCAGCUUGAGUUUGUGGAAUCUGGUGGUCUCAGUUUAGUUGUGAAAUAUAUGACAGAAAUACAGAAUGAUGAGUUUAUGAAAGCAUCUACUUAUCUACUACAGACAUGUGUACAAAUUAACGAUGAGAAUUCCAUACAGACUCCUUUGAAUAUCGCAGAGAAAUAUGAUGACAGAAGAGCUGUGAGAGAAAUGGAAAAUCCACUGGCAAAUGUUGAUAAAUACGUUGACAAGCUUGUCACUAUUCUGGACAGGUUAGAAGCUAAAGAAAACAGCCUAGUGUCUAGUGGUGAACAGAACACUGAUAGGAGAAAUAAAGAAAUAGAAAACAGAAAAGAAGUGAAGAAUAAAAACAAUGAGACUACCAAUCAGUCUACUUUUGACUCAAACGUAGUGAAUGUUGUGACUAGUACUGGAAACAAUGACAUGUAUAGAAAAGAUGAAACUUCUAUACAAAAUAAAGAUGUUGAAAAUAAUAAUGGAACUCUACUGUCUGAGAGUAAACAGGAAACAUCCUCUAUCGGUAUAAGCCAGGGUGUUCAUAUGCAGACAUCGCUUCGUACAGAAGACACUCUUACACAAAGUGAUGAGGUUGCCACUAUUCAGAACACUGGUAGUAAGACUUCCUUCCAUAGACAUGAGUAUACACCAAUAAAAGAUGAUAGUAUUGUCCAUCACAGGAGAGCGUCAACGCCACGGACACCUGGAAAAUCUGAUAUUCAACAUCAUGCAAAAAAAUACCAGAAUUCACAGCCACCAGUUGAAGUGUUCAGAAAACCUACUAUACCUCUGAGAAGGAAUACACACAUUGCAAGAAAACUGUGUGUCGAUUAUACAACAGGGAGUGUACCUGAAGGUUGUUAUGGCAACAAGGGUCUGAAUUGUAGUAUACAGCACAAUCAUAAUGAGAAAUCAAAAAUAUGCCAUAACCAGAAAAUCUGUACUGAAAACUGUAUGCAGUCCCAUAAUAAGACACCAAAAAAAACCCCGGACUACAGUAGAGAACGUCACAGAAUGGCAGCAUCACCCAGUAUAGUAUCAGUUUCAUUCCAAAGAUCUACACCAAACAGACAUGGCACACCAACAAUGAAGGAAAAAAAUCCAUACAAGGUCCACACUGAUGGUCAGAAUACACCAAGGAUAAAGAACAGAGAUGACAAUGUCCACUCCGAUAAACGUGUCUCUAAGUACACACCAGAAUUGAAGAAAAAAGAUCCUCACAAACUAUACCAUGAUAAAGCUGCCACUGUAAACACGUCAAGAAUAAAGAACAAAGAUGACUACACGGUCCACCCACAUGUCUCUCUGGGCACUCCAAAAAUGGUUGAUUCCUACCAUACGCCAACUUUCUCUACAAGUACCUUACAAAGGCAUGCCAGAUCAAGUAGUAGUAAUAUGGUGAAUCAGAAAAGAAAAUUUCCAUUCUGUGUCUCAGAUGAUAUGGAUACACCUGUCAGAAAAUUAAGACCAGUGAAUAAUGACAGAAGGGGUUGCAUGUCUGUUGGACAAAAACACAGAAAGAUUUUUGUAGCACGAUGGCAGGGAUUACACUCGCAGGUCACUCCUGUCAGAAAUGGAAUAAAUAGAAGUGAGAGUGAAGAUAAUAUUGGUAUCAGAUAUUUCCAAACACAUUGUCCUGGUUGUAGUCGCAAUGUUGGUGGAAUGUUAACAAGUCGUACAUACAACAAAUGGAUGGAUAGGAGUAGUGGUACGUGCGAUAAACAUCAAAAAAUAAGACAACAAGAAAAAAAAUUGAUCAAAGAAAUGAAGAAUAAGGACUUCAUAUGUCCUGCUGUAAAACGCACACCAAGCUCAAACAGCUUCUCCAGGAACUACAGCUUUGCUGAUAUCGUAGUUACGCCAAGAAGAAAAAUAAGAAAAAACUUUGAAAACAUGUCAGUUUAUGAUUUCAUAUCAGACGAUUGA